AUGGCAGGUGCACUAGCCCGUCUUCUCCCCAACGUCGGUGGUUGCAGCGCCGGCGUCCGGCGUCUGUACCUGGGGGUCGUGCGCAGUAUGGCUUUGUACGGAGCUCCCGUGUGGUCGCCCGCACUCUCUGCGCGCAAUGCAGCUUUGCUGCUACGAGCGCAGCGGGUGCUCGCGGUGAGAGUCAUCAGGGGGUACCGUACGAUCUCCCGGGAGGUCGCCUGCGCCCUCGCCGGUUCCCUUCCUUGGGAUCUCGAGGCUGAGGUAGCAGCUGCGGUAUACCGGCGCAGAACACAGUCCCUGAGUCGGGGACGGACGCCCGGCCCGUCGGCUGUCGGUCGGUGGAGGCGUGCUGCGCGUCAUCUGGCGUACGCCAAGUGGAGGGAGCGGUUGCUGGAGGAGCUUGGCCAAACUUCAGUCACUCGCCGACGCACCCUCGAGGCCCUGGUGCCCGUGCUGGAGGCAUGCGAAGAAGGCGGAGUGGGCGGCACGGGCGCGAAGCUCCCGUUCAUCUCCCGUAGGGGCUGUCGGGUGCCGGGUGCGGGGGUGCCCGUCUUCAUAAGCGGAGCGUUCUCGACUGGUCGAAUGGCGAACGGAGGCGAUACCAGCCGAUCUCAUAACUGCUCAGGGUGUGAGGGCCGCUUCCUGAAGCGUUUAUAA